CGGCAGCACUGCUCGGCGCGCAACACAACACACUGACAGCUGCGACUGACUCACAACCAAGGGGGGAAAGAUGGAGCACAGAGACCCGGACUUCAACAUAUUGCUAGCGACGGAUUCAUACAAGGUAACACAUUACAAACAAUACCCUCCCAACACAAGUAAAGUGUACUCCUACUUCGAGUGUCGUGAGAAGAGGACCGAUCCCAGCAAAAACAGAAAAGUCAAAUAUGACAAAACUGUCUUCUACGGCCUACAGUACAUCCUCCAUAAAUACCUAAAAGGAAAGGUAGUGACCCCAGAGAAGAUCCAGGAGGCAAAGGAGGUAUACAGAGAACACUUCCAAGAUGAUGUUUUUAAUGUGAAGGGAUGGACUUACAUUUUGGAGAAAUACAAUGGACACCUGCCUAUUGAAAUCAAGGCGGUGCCAGAGGGGAGCGUCAUUCCCAGAGGCAAUGUUUUGUUCACAGUGGAGAGCACAGACCCUGAAUGCUACUGGCUCACCAACUGGGUGGAGACCAUCCUGGUGCAGAUCUGGUACCCCAUCACAGUGGCGACCAACUCCAGAGAGCAGAAGAAGAUCCUCGCCAAGUACCUCCUAGAAACUUCUGGGAACUUGGAACGACUAGAGUAUAAACUCCAUGACUUCGGCUACAGGGGCGUCUCCUCACAAGAGACUGCAGGUAUCGGGGCCUCCGCCCAUCUGGUCAACUUCAAGGGCACAGACACGGUCGCUGGCAUCGGAGUCAUUAAGAAGUACUAUGGCACCAAGGACCCUGUGCCAGGUUUCUCCGUGCCUGCUGCAGAGCACAGUACCAUCACAGCAUGGGGUAAGGACCAUGAGAAAGAUGCCUUCGAGCACAUCAUCAAGCAGUUUCCCAGCGUGCCCGUAUCCAUAGUCAGCGACAGCUAUGACAUCUACAACGCCUGUGAGAAGAUCUGGGGCGAAGACCUCCGGGGGCUGAUCGAGUCACGCAGCGCAGACGCCCCACUGGUUGUCCGACCAGACUCAGGAAACCCGCUUGAUACGGUUCUGAAGGUUUUGGAGAUCCUUGGUAAGAAGUUUAAUGCAAAGGAGAACUCUAAAGGUUAUAAAGUGCUCCCUCCUUACAUUAGAGUCAUACAAGGAGACGGAGUGGAUAUCAACACACUGCAAGAGAUUGUGGAGGGUAUGAAGCAACACAGGUGGUCCAUUGAGAACAUUGCCUUUGGCUCUGGAGGGGCUCUGCUGCAGAAACUGACCAGAGAUCUGCUCAACUGCUCCUUCAAAUGCAGCUACGUGGUCACUAACGGCUUGGGGGUGAAUGUGUUCAAGGAUCCAGUGGCAGACCCCAACAAGAGGUCAAAGAAAGGCCGCCUGUCUCUGCACCGGACUCAGAGUGGAGACUUUGUGACCCUGGAAGAGGGCAAAGGCGACCUGGAGGAGUAUGGCGUGGACCUGUUGCACACAGUCUUUCAGAACGGGAAGAUUGUGAAAACGUACACAUUCGACGAUGUCAGAGACAAUGCUAAGCUCAAAGAGAGUGAGCUUGAAGAGCUGCUGCACUGAAGCACAGCGCUAUGAACCCCCCACCCAACCACCCUUAUCUUCCAAACUACCCCUCCCUCCCUCCCUCCCUCCCAUCCCCUGAACCCUUCACCUUUUGGCCUCCGACGUCACCCCAGACUAUGGAGGUAGCGUGCACUGCUAAUAGACCCCACACCCCAAAGCCUGAGAAGUCCCUGAAACGUUCCUAAAAUCCUAAAAUUCACCCUCAGCUCAGUAGUUCUCCGACGGAAUGGGGAAUGAGAGAUUUGGAAAAACUCACACACCUCGGAUGAACAGCCCCAGUGAGUUUUAGAGUGGGGAGAAAAAAAAGAAAGAUGUUGAUGUGUGAGAGUCAUGCAGAGGGAGAGAAGUUGCAGAUUAUGAUGAUAAACCAUGCGUUCACAUCCCCAUGCCACCGCCCCGCCCCCCACCCAAAAAAACGUCAAAUUCAACUAUGGCAUGUUGCACUAGACUGGACAUAUUGCAAGGUAAGAAAUGUGAUUGGCUGCUGAUAGGCAAUGUGUCAGCAGUGUGUCAGCAGACUUUUCCACACACAAAAACCCCCCAAACAAACCGGAUGAUUGUAGGUUUUUUUCUUUUGGAGGAGUUUCUGGGCGCUGCACGUGGAGUGAACCCAUGGUGAGUCAAAAGACAGAAAGUUUACGAGAGAAAGAGACAAAAUUAGAGAAAUAUGAAGCCACACCCACACCAAUGACCGUGCCCCGUGUAUUGUGUACAGAAGUGUUUAGUAAAAGAAAAAACUACAUGUCUGAAUCUACUUAGCUUUGUCUUUUAUGUGAAGAAAAGAAAACAAUGAUCACGGUAUAUAACGGUGCACCAAUAACAUUUACGGCUAAUAUUGUAUGUUGCUUCUUCUUUGAAACAGGAAAUAAUGAACACUGUAUGUAUUUUACCGUAAUUAUGGGUGAUGAAGGUAUUCUUUUUUUUUCACAGCUCUCUUUCUUUUUAAUCAGUAGCUACGGCCAAAAUUAUAAAAGGCCAAAAUGUAUCAAGUACUACCUGAAUAUUUUGUACUAUUACUCCGCCAAAAAAAAUGUUAUUGGUGCAUCUCUGAAGGUAUAGAAAUGAUCAUCUGCUUGCCAUUAUGUUGCCCGGAGAGCAUUCACAUCAUAAAUGCCCAAUCCACAAUCCAAUCAUACCACAAAAUCAUUAAUAUUGUACAUGAAGGGUUUUUUCAUUCUCAAAGUGAUGCGAAAAGCUCAAUUUCCAUCAAUAAUUUUCUCGGAGAAGCUCAAAAUCUUUACAAAACUACAGUGAAUAAGUUGGCAAGAUUGGAUUUUUCUAGUGGAUUAGAAAGAGUCCAAAUUUUUGGAUUGGGUCUUCAUAGUGGCGAAUGCUCUUGAAACCAGUCUUUGCUGUAUAAGACCAAGAGUUGAUGUAAAAAAAAAAACAAGAAAAAAAAAGAAAAAAUGCAUCACAGAAAUUGUCUUCACUGGAAUGAAGAUGAUCUAACUAUGUGUUUAUGGAAGAUUACAUAUGUGGCUUCUGGGCUGAAAUGUUUGUUAAAUGUUGGUUCUGAUGUGUGUGUGUGUGUGAGUCUGAUUGGAUCUGUGUGUGUGUGUGUGUGCGCGUGUGUGUUUGCUGACAUCUUCUUCCUUUAAAGGAUCGUGUAGUAUUCCUUUAUGCAAACGUACUUGUCGAUCGGGGGAAUAGAGAAACACUUUUCCUUUUUACUUUGCCGGCCUUUCAUUCCAGAGGGAAACGCAGUUUUGUGACAAACAGGGAGUGAUGCGCCGUGUUUCUCCUGAGCAACAUUGACAGAGGCAGAAAAGUUAGACAUUGCGUUAGAAAUACUUCCCGACAGCAACACGUUCCUGUGUGAUUAAAAACCAGCUAUGAUUUGUCAGUUGGUGGAGCACCGUGUCCCUUGGUAUCACUGCCUUAACUUGUGAAAAGCAGGGAAACUUUCAACAAAGGUGCUGCUGGGGAAAACAAAGGAUGUUGAUGUGCCCACCUUGCACUCCUGCUUGGAUUUUACAGUAGAAUUUAUUGCCCAGGUCUAAAUGGGAUCUCGCGGAUGAUGAUGCAUUUUCGGAGAUAAUUAUCUUCCCAUUCAGAGCAUCUGAGUUGAAAGUCACUCCUGUUUCCAGGUGCGCUGUCAUCACAUUGCUAAGCUGUCCUUUUCAGAAUGAAGGGAUUUUUUUCAUAUUGCAGAGCUACGACAGAUUUAAUGAGAGGGGGGCUACGAGCUAGUGACAUCACAGGAAUCAAACAUUUUGUUAGAAGAUGGGCAGUGGAUGCAACAUUUCUCCCACCUCACUAUCAAACAACAAAAAAAGAAGGAAAUAAAUUCAGUGAUCCCUCCAUGCAUCUAGCACUUUUAUUGUAAUGCCAUCAAACUUUUAAUUGUCCAACACUUAAACUUUAAGCUUUUUAGCAUGCUGUCUGUUAGCAUUUAGCUCAAUUAAACCGCUGUGCCUAAGUACAGCCUCACAGAGCCGCUAGCGUGACUGUAGACACUCAAUCUUUUCUAAACAUUCAACUCCAGGUUUGUUAUCUGCCUGCAUACAAUCUUCAGACAUGAUGCUGCUUUACAUUAACAGCAUAACACAUCCUCCUGGCACUGGGGGUGCUACCACAACCUGUGAUGUCACUGACUCCCCUCCCUCGCCUCUGGCUCAGAUCAUCCUCCUCCAACAUCGACAGGCUGAUAAACACACACAGCCAGUCACAAAUAGGAAAACAAAUGUCACGCUAUUUUCUUUUUAUUUCUUUUUUCUCCCUCCCCCUUUUUGUUUUUGCAACUGUCACUAAUGUUACUGUAACUGUCAAAAUCAUUUGUUAUCUAAUUGUUCUGAACAGUUUGGCUUUUCUUUUGUUCCAAUUAUGGGGUGUAAAAUUUUGAUUUUACUAUUUUGAUACUGUCUCUGUUCUUACCUCUGAGAAAUAUUAUUUUGUAUGACAAAGGAGAAAAACAAACGCCAGACACAUUGCAGUAAAUAUCCUUACUUACGAACGAUGCGGCCAUACUGCCUUCUCACUUGUACAUACAGCAACUAGUUUGAAAGCAGAGAGGGCAGGUUAGGGAGAUGACCACACUAGAUAAUAUUAUUAUUAUUUUUGUCAAAACGACCCUUUUUGUACCAACAGAAGAAUAUCCAAAACUGCUUGACAGAAUUGGCAGUGCGAAUGUUUUUUUUUGUGACUGUCAAGCCUUUAGCUUCUGUUUGUGUGUGUGUGUGUUGUCAGGUGUGUGUGAGAGAGAAUGUCUGAUGGAUGAAAACAUGUUUGUGAAUACUUUUUUUUCUCUUUAUGUUGUUGUUGUUUUACUUGUAUGUAUAUGUUGGUUGUCCCAAAUUCUCUCCCAACACAACUGAUAUUUUAACUAACCUAACUUGCUAUAUUGUCAACAAUACAUCAAUUAAAGAUGCCACCCUG